AUGGCAACUAGCUCUAACCGUUAUGUGUGGAGUUUAAAUCCCGUCCAGCCACGAAACAACCGCCUAGAUAGCGGAGUGUGGGAUGAGCACAAAGAGGUUAUUCUAAGAGAGUGCCAAAGAGGCAGCUUGGCACAUGUUCGGAAAUAUAUGCAGGACAAGCAUAAUUUCUUUGCGAAGUUGCAUCAGUACAAAUACAGGAUCUAUACUAUUUGGAAGACGACGCUUACUGAGAGCCGACAGACCCGAAGUUCUGGACGGCACGCUGAUCAUGUCCGAGAUAACGAUUCUCGAAACGACGGAGUACCAGAUGCUGAAUGUCAAGAUUUGGACGCGCGCACAAAUGAAACUUCUGAAGAUCAAGGCUGGAGACUUGACGAGACAGCGAAAUCCAGUGUGAUACCUGAUUUCGAGAAUAAGGAUGUGCCAGCUACGUGCGAUCGUUAUAAUUAUUUUGAUCAAACCGGUUCUGCGUGGGGUUCACAAGCUCAUGUCGACCAGAAAGCGCUGUUCUUAUCUGGGAGUGUUUCGCUCAACGAACGUGACCCGUCGGCGGCUUCAGCUCAGCUCUUCAAUGAUUUGACUCACAAGAGACCAGCAAGCCUAAGCUCGCAAGGCUCUCCUGCAUCAACGAAGAGAUUUAAAUAUGACGACACUUCUUUCGCGAUGCCAUCCCUUGGUAGGGACUCAUAUGAUGCUUGCUUCGCUGAAGCAAUUACAUCCGCAGCGAAACCAGAUCAGAAACACACACGACAUGACACUACCAGUGCGACAUCGAAAGGUUGCACGCUCGACUUGUCGUGCAAAACAAGGCUGCGAGCUUCUCGAAGGGACAGGGAAGUUGUGUUCCAAUGCUCUUCUGUACCGUCCAAGCCAAACGACUUCGAAGGGUCGGCUUUUUUCGCCCACGAGAUAUCAGAUUUACCAUGGGAUGACAUUUGCUCUCUGAGAGAUGCGGCCGACAUCUUUUCGGUAUUUUCGAUGUCAAAACCUGCCUUCCAGUUGCAUUACAACGUUUGGAAACGGUUGGAACUUGGCAAGGAAUGCCCUUGCGGAAGAUGUCACCAAUUGUCCUUCAGGGAACUUCAAGCCUGUGCACGCGUCGCUGAAACACCACUCGAGCUACAAACUGCGCGUAUGACGCUGGAAAGCUACGUUAACGAUGCUUUAGAUAUCUACGGGGAGAAUAAUAGACCCAUUAUUCACAUGCUUUUGGCAGACAUCUGCACAAAGCAAGGGGAUUUGGUGGCUGCCGGAACUCACCGUGGUAUUGCUUUUGAGCAGCUGCCAAAGCUCGACCGAGUUUCCCAUUUGAGCGAGAUUUGUGACAUUAUGAGCAAGGACCGAUUGAAACUGGAUUUCAAUGCUGACUACCAGAUCCUCCGAGCCUAUGCGUUCGGCUUGUUACGAAUGAAUCGUCACAUUCUGAACGAAGAUCACAAACGCAAAGAGGGACUCCUGGAAGAGGUUCGAAUGAUCAUAAAGCAGAUAUGGAUGGUGCUCGCUAGAAAACAUCAUAAAGAUUUAUUGAAUGCGAUGUUUUGGUGUCGCAACCAGCUCCUAUCGGCUUCUGGAGCUGAAUUUGAACACUUAUGGUCAUCUCUGGACUUUAUAUCGCCUUCUAUCUGGAGUUCCGAGCGUCUGAAAAUUAUGGUUCUGUUCCUUUUCUUCCUAGAACGCCGGUAUGGCAAGUCGUUCGAUUGCGGAAUAGCCAGAAGCUUCAAGUCGAGUGUAACAACCUCGUCAUUGGAUUCAUGUGUACCGGUUUGCCUGGACAACAACAAGACUGCAUCGGUGGCUUGGCUCUUUUGGAUCUUGUCCACGAUCACGAUCAAGGCAAUGAGAGCAGACAAGGGCUUAUCGUCUAGGCUUGAAAACGUCCGAGAAGUCGUUUCCGAUCUAACGAACAAAUUCCUGGAGCUCGCUGCGGAAACUCCGGAAUCCUUAUCAGAUCGGAUUUUCUUCGCGCUUCCAUCCCAAGAUUUAGCCAUGACGCAAAAUCCCAAAUUCUCCAAGCCAAAGCAGCACGACAUCUUUAAUUCAGAUUUGGCAAUAGAUUUGGUUAAGUCCACCGUUAGACGCAUGCUAGGCAUAGUAGUAGCAGAGACGUCGAACGCUUCGGGGGCUACGCGAAAGCCCUUCACCGAGAUGAGCAAUUGUGCUACAACUAAUAGAGUACUCCCUGCAAUUAGAACGUCAAUGGACUUGGUAACGGACAAUCAAACCACGAGCAUUUGCCCGAACUGCGACAAUGCAUUCUUGGCCGAUCCAACUUUAUUAGCGCCAUCCGAAUGUUCUUCUGUACCAUCAUCAAUGCAGAGGAUCGCUAGUCAAAACGAAACUCGAACAUCGCCGUCAUCAAGGUGCGGGACACCUGUCACACCCACGAAAUGGAUUCAAAUGACUUGUGAGGCGUUAGGCCGGCCGCCGCCGGAUGACUGGAUGACAGACUCUCUUCUGCCAAUAGACAUCUCGGACAAACUGCAGUCAUCACUGUCAUCCUCACACUUAAAACUUGAAGACUCAACACGGUUGAACUCGUCAAACCAGCCAGCCGCGCUGCUCAGCUUAACCACCCUGUGUGAAAUUAACGCAUUAGUGGUACGGAUAUUCGCCGCGCAUGGUGUGAAUUAA